AUGGACGACUACAUUGCGCACGACGAGCCCAUCGCGGCCUACCUGACGCGGUGGUCGGGCAUCUUCCCGGGCGACCUCGACCCCGCCGUCUCGCCCUACUACGUCACCACGCUCAAGUCGGCCUAUCUGAAGCUGCGGUACCUGGUCGACAAGGGCUGCGUGUUCGUGGGACACGGGCUCGACAAGGACUUCAGGAUCAUCAACAUACUGGUGCCCCAGGAGCAACUCUCUCUGCGCUUCCUUGCCUCGCACCUGCUCAACAUGAGCAUCCAGACCGAGACCCACUGCUCGGAGGAGGACGCACACGCGGCGCUGGCCCUGUACCGGAUGUACGAGCGGCUGGUGCGCGAGGGCAAGUUCGACGACACGCUGGCCAACCUCUACGAAAUCGGCCGCACGUCGGGCUGGCAGACGAAGCAGGACAUGAUCGAGGAGGUGCUCCUCGCCGACGACCAGCUCGGCGACGAAAUUCUCGAGGCCGACGCCCCGAACGACUACGGCGAACUGGUGCUAUCCGGGGAAGAGCGGUCGGCCGAGGAGCCCGUUCUCGAGGACUACAUGGGCGCGUCUCAAGAGGGCCAGGAGCAGGAGCAGGAGGAAGAGGACGAAGACGACGACGACGAGGCCGCGGUGUCGCUCGGUUACGAUCCGCUGUUGGAGCAGCUGAAGGAUCUGGGCCUGGACAAGGACGACGACGAUGAUAAGGAGGAGGACAAAAACGACCAAGGCUAUGACGACCCUGGCCAGGCUGUUGGGGAAGACGGCGAGCUCGAUUGCGCCGCUGACGACGCGAGCGAUCCUCCCGCGCCCAGCAGUGCCGGCUUCUAUGACGGGACGGUCCGCGAGCAGAACGCGCUGCACGCCCGCGCGAGGGCGGAACAACCCGACGACGAUGCAGAAGGCCAGCAGGCGGCGGCCCGGCACGAGCAGCUGGGGGAGGGGGCCGGUGGCGCCUACUCUGCGCCACCGUCGUUCAACCGCGCGACGGGUUCGCCCAACGGCUACUCGGCUGGUAUGCCGCCGCAGCAGCAGCCGCAGCACAUGUUGUCAGGCGGCCACUUUCCGCGCGUUGGCUACGAGCCCACGCUGUACCAUGCAUCGCCACAGCAGCCCUACCAACAGCAGCAACAACAGCAGCCGCACUACAGCUCGGGCAUGAAUCCCUACCCGGGACAGCCGCAAAUGGCUCAGCUUCACGGACAGGGUCAACAGUUCUACCCGCAGCAGCAAUUCCAACAGCAGAUGGGCUACGGUACGGCCCAAGCGCAAUACCAACCCGCGGCGCAGGAGCUGCACCACGCCAGCCAGCAGCAGGCACAAGCCCAGGCGCGGGCCAAGGCGCAGUUCCAGGCGCAGCUACAGGCCCAGAUGCAGGCCCAAUACCAGGCUGCGCAAUACCAGAGUGCACAGCAGCAGUACCAUCAGAGCCAGCAACAGCAGUACCACCAACAGCAGGCCCAGAAGCAGCAGCAACAACAACAGCAGGGCAUGCGCUACUCGCCCUAA